CGUUUUGAAUGUAUUUUAUAUAUAAUGUAUUGGCAAUUGUUAGGAGCUGCUGCCGGGAAAAUAUAUUUCCCUCGGUAAAUAUUUGGACUUGUUUGGCGACAAUUUUAACAAAUUCCUCGGCAAUAGAAAAAAUUUUCGCGCCCCCCCACCAACCAAUCCCGCCUCACAGUCCCGCCUCCCGGCAGUCAUAACAUAGAAAAAUAAAUUAAAAAGCAGUAGUGAGGCUAUCUAACCCAUUAUUUUUCUCUCCAGCUCCACUGCAUCUCCUUCUCCUUUCCCUCUUUUUUUUUUUUUUUUUCUUCUGUCAAAAUCAUGUUCCACCGCAAACCCACUUUCUCCCUUCAAAACCUGGGUUGAAUCAAAUCAGGUGCUCAUCUCGAAAGGUUGCCGAUCGAUCUGCUAGUUGCCGUUCCGUUCUGGUUGUUGCCGUUCUGCAGGCACCAUCUCGAAUUGUAGAAGCAAGUGCAAAAGCAUUAAAAUUGACGGAUGCACUUUUGAGGUGGUGUUGAAAAUGGGGCUAGAUGCUCGUCCUUUUAUAGAUGACCACGGAGAGGAAGCUGAUUUGCCAGAUUUGGAGUUAUCGGGGGAUGUUUCCGAGGAUGCAAGGGAUGCUGACUCGCCAGCGUUGGAGGUAGAGGGGCAUGCUGAUUCGCCAGUUCAGGCAGCUUUGGAGGCAGCAGAGGGGGAUGCUGAUUUGCAAGUUCAGGCAGCUUUGGAGGCAGCAGGGGAGAUUCAACCUCUAGCCGGAGCACCACAACAACCGACACCCGAGGGGAAUAGAGGUUCUAGCUCCACCAGACUUCCCAGCCCACGUAGGAGGGUGGAGAGCUCACCUAGAGAGCUCCCAAACCAAUUCCUUACCAGAUGGUAUCCACUGUGGGAAUGGUUCACCAUUUUUUGGGCCCUCCUUCUAUCUUUCGGCACACCGUUCGAGCUGGGCUUUCUCUUCGUCGGCUCAACAACAUGGUUGUUUAUGUUGCUGGACAGUGUAACAACCCUACUGGGCAUUGGGGAUUUGGUGUUACAGAUUUACUUUUGUCAGAAAGGAAUCGACAUCCCACAAAAUAAAUACCAUAAGUACUGGCAGCGGAUUCUCACUGUCUUGGAUGCUUUUGGUUGUCUGCCGUGGAUUGUGAUUUACGAGGUAGGGAAAGAGGAGUGGCCGAAGUAUCUCAGCAUAUUGAGAGUCUUCCGCGCGCGCAAAGUCUACUUUUGCAUUGAAGAGCGGAAGGAUAAGCUGAAAGACCAUUUCUGCUGGGGCAUAUUUUGUGGCGUUUUGCAGAUUCUCUUUGUCAUCCUAUUUUGUUUGCAUACGGAAGGCUGUAUUCUCUAUUUUAUUGCCACCUUAUCGUCUAGCUCUCAAAAUACAUGGAUUGGAGUUGGAGCCCCUAGCCAGAACCUCAGCAGUUAUCACCAUUUUGGAAGGAACUAUCUAUCUUCAUUAUACUUUGCAACGGUAACCUUCUUUACCAUAGGCUACGGAGAUUUCCAUGUAGUAAAUGAGGGGGAGAUGGCUUUCAUUGUUAUAGCUCACAUUUUCAAUUUUGUUGUGGUCGCUUAUCUUACUGUAAGGAUAUCAAGCCUAUGUCAAAGAAAGGAAACAGAGGAAGGAGGUGAGUCCUGAUGUUUAUUUUCCAAAGGAUUUGGGCUUGGACAACUUGGACAAUUUGGAGAUAGUAAUGGAUUUGGAAGAGGACUUCAAGCUGAAAAUUUGCAACUUGGAAGCUGAUAAGAUUGACUUUACUCACCUCGCCAUUUAUUACAUCUAUAACCAUUCAAUGACUGGUUAAGUUCCUUAUGCAGCAGCUUUCCAAUUUAGAUGAAAAUGAACUGCCUAAGCCUUUUUUGCUUUUGUUUUCUAUCCUUUGAUGUUUGUAGAAAUUUUAUCAUGUUGUUUGGUGAACCAAAAUUUCAAAUCUGUUUGGAAACAGAGCUGUCUUCUUAGAGUUAAACUCAUAUGUCUUUCAAGUAAAAUUACAAUGCCAACACUGCUUCUGGUUUGAACAGUCACAGCACUGUCCAUGUUCAACUCAGUCGCUGCUCCAU